GCGGAGGGCUUCUUCGAGUUGCAGUGCGCUAAUGAUUCCGGAGCUGGGGCGUGCGGUGACGCGUCGGAGAAGGCGAACUUUGCUCUCGUGCAGGAUUGGCUGGAGGCGCGCCGUUCGAGGAUGCGAGUCUAUGAGGCGGAGAGUGCAGAUGGUUUACUGCGUGGGGAGUGUUCCGGCGCGUGGUUUUUUGGUUCCGCGGGGGGGGCCGAGAUCGGCAGCGUUGUGUGGUACCCAGAGGGCCAUGUCGCGACGGUCGUUGAUGUGGACGGUCGCUUGGCCGCUGGCGUAUCUCUCGGAGCCGCAGGCGCCGCGCCGUGGCUGCGGUCGAUUGCAG